GUCCAAGUCUAUAUUCACGAAUCUUGGCCGGAUAGCCCUGGCAGGUAAGGCCGUUCAAAUGAAGAGAAGAAGAAGAACAACAAAAAUACACAACCUUGCUUUUUCUUUUUAGAAUAAUUAAAUGUUUUGUUGGAUUUAUUUAAACUUUUAAUGUCUUUACAGUCUAAAGUAGUUUUAGGCGCUGCUUGUGUUUUUUCAGCAAGUAUAAUUGGAUAUGUACAUUACAAACAAAAUUUGGAUAGGGAACAAAUGCAUUCUGGAGUACUAAGAGAUAUGGAGAGGCGCCAGAGGAGAAAGCAGGAAAAUUUGUAUGUUCUUCAAAAGCAGAUUGAUCUUGGGAAAGAAUUGAAAAAGCAGCAGGAUGACAUUACUUAAUUAGAGGGCAGUCUUGUGUUUGUAGAUAGUGUUUUAAAUAUAAACAAACGUUGUUGUAAAUGAUUAUAUAGAAAAUAUAAGAGUCUGAUAAAAAUAACUUUUUUUAAGAACAAUGUAAAUAGGCAGAUAAGUACUAAAAUAUUCCUUUUCAUGGGGUUAUUCUGUAGCAUUUGUUAGUAUAUAAAUACAGAUAAGAGCUAAUAAAAAAAUGUAAUAAGAGAA